AUGAAGCCCCACGUUGCGAAAUACACCCAAUACCGAUUCUAUGACCUAUGGAUUGACAAGGCCAUCAUUCGGCCUGACGGCCCGGAACGCGGCCGAGAUGGGUUCGCGCAAAAGCGUCUCAGGAUUCCUUCGCGGGGAAAAAUGGAUGUCUUUUGGACUAACGAGAUGGACUCUAUCUUUCUCAACAAUGACCCUAAGUUCAUAAUCAUGCCGACGUCCCCCGAUGACCGUCAACCAAGAGCCGAAGCCGAAGCUAAAUUAGAACAAGGGCCGUUUAAUGGUGGACGGCAUGGAAAUGCUCUCCAAGCUGCCUCUGAAGGAGGUCACUAUGAUAUCGUGCAGCUACUGCUAGAGGAAGGAGUCGAUGCCAACGCUCAAGGUCGACGGUAUGGAGAUGCUCUCCAAGCUGCCUCUGAACGAGGUUACUGUGAUAUCGUACAGGUACUGCUAGAGGAAGGAGUCGAUGUCAACGCCCAAGGUGGACGGUGUGGAAAUGCCCUCCAAGCUGCCUCUUUUCGAGGACACAGUGAGAUGGUACAACUGCUGCUAAACGAAGGAGCUGACAUCAACGCCCAAGGUGGAUGGUAUGGAAGUGCCCUCCAAGCUGCCUCUGAACGAGGUUACUGUGAUAUCGUGCAACUACUGCUAGAGAAAGGAGCCGACGUCAACACCCAGGGCGGAGAGUAUGGAAAUGCCCUCCAAGCUGCCUCUUACAAAGGACACGAAAGGAUCGUGCAGCUACUGCUAGAGCAUAGAGCCGAUGUCAACGCCCAAGGUGGACGGUAUGGAAAUGCACUCCAAGCCGCCUCGUACGACGGACACGAAAGGAUCGUGCAGCUACUGCUAGAGCAAGGAGCCGACGUCAACGCCCAAGGUGGACGCUGUGGAAAUGCUCUCCAAGCUGCCUCCUACGAAGGAUACGAUGAUAUUGUGCAGCUACUGCUAGAGCAUGGAGCAGACGUCAACGCCCAAGGCGGAGAGUAUGGAAAUGCACUCCAGGCUGCCUCUUACAAAGGACACGAAAGGAUCGUGCAGCUACUGCUAGAGCAAGGAGCCGACGUCAAUGCCCAAGGUGGAGAGUAUGGAAAUGCCCUCCUAGCUAGCUCUUAUGGAGGACAUGAUAAGAUCGUGCAGCUACUGCUAGAGCAUAGAGCCAAUGUCAACGCCCAAGGUAGGGAGUAUGGAAAUACUCUCCAAGCUGCCUGCUAUGAAGGACACAAGAAGAUCGUUCAGUUACUGCUAGAGAAAGGAGCCGAUGUCAACGCCCGAUGUGGAUUGUCUGGAAAUGCCCUCCAAGCUGCCUGUUACGAAGGAGACGAUGAGAUCGUGCACUUACUGCUCGAGAAAGGAGCCGAUGUCAACGCCCGAGGCGGAGAGUACGGAAACGCCCUCCAUGCUGCCUCUGAACGAGGGCACUCUGAUAUCGUGCAGUUACUACUAGAGAAAGGAGCCGAUGUCAACGCUCAAGGUGGAUGGUCCGGACAUGCCCUCCAAGCUGCUUGUUAUGAAGGACACGAUGGGAUCGUUCAGUUACUGCUAGAGAGCGGAGCUGAUGUCAAUGCCCAAGGUGGAGCGUAUGGAAAUGCUCUCCAAGCUGGCUCUUAUGGAGGACAUGAUGAGAUCGUGCAGUUACUGCUAGAGGAAGGAGCCGAUGUCAACGCCCGAUGUGGAUUGUCUGGAAAUGCUCUCCAAUCUGCCUCUUCCGGCGGAGACGAUGAUAUUGUUCACCUGCUGCUAGAGAAAGGAGCCGAUGUCAACGCCCGAGGCGGAGAGUACGGAAACGCCCUCCAAGCUGCCUCUGAACGAGGGCACUCUGAUACCGUGCAGUUACUGCUAGAGAAAGGAGCCGAUGUCAAUGCUCAAGGUGGAUAUUAUGGAAAUGCCCUCCAAGCCGCCUCUUACGAAGGAAACGAUGAGAUCGUCCAGUUGCUUCUGGAGAAAGGAGCCGAUGUCAACACCCAAGGUGGAGAGUAUGGGAAUGCUCUCCAAGCGGCCUCUUAUGGAGGACAUGAUGAGAUUGUGCAAUUGCUGCUAGAGAAAGGAGCCGACAUCAACGCCCAAGGUGGAUGGUAUGGAAGUGCUCUCCAAGCUGCCUCUUCUGGAGGGGUCGAUGAUAUCGUGCAGCUACUGCUAGAGAAAGGAGCCGAUGUCAACGUCCAAGGUGGACGGUAUGGAAAUGCCCUCCAAGCUGCCUCUGAACGAGGGCACUAUGAAAUCGUCCAGCUACUGUUAGAGCGCGGAGCCGAUGUCAAUAUCCAGGGUGGUUACUACGGAAAUGCGCUACAGGCGGCGUGUUCUGAAGGACACGGCGAGAUUGUGCGAAUGCUGCUGGAGUCUGGAGCUGACGUCAUCGCCCAAGGUGGAGAGUACGGGAAUGCGCUCCAGGCUGCUUGUUCUGAAACACACGACAAGGUUGCACAAAUGCUGAGAGACCAUGGAGCCGAUGCGGACGCUCAGGAUGGCUUUUACGCGAAUGCCCUUCAGGCUUCUUGA